UCAAGGGGGCGGGACAUUUUGGCGCGCGAGCUCACCGCCUUUCCUCACCUCUGGACUUCUGGUGGGCUUGGUCUGGCUUCUUCCGCCCGAGACCGCAACAUGGGGGCUGUGAGCGCCAGGCGCUGCGUGGAGUACCUGCUCGGCUUUUACUUCCUCUCCCACAUCCCCAUCACCUUGUUCCUGGACCUGCAGGGGUUGCUGCCGCGCGAACUCUUCCCUGACCAGGUUAGAAGUCUGCUGAAGUGGUAUUCUGCAGAGUUCAAAGACUACCUGAUGGAAGACCCCCCCUUGUGGUUUACAUCAUUUCUGUUUUGUGAGCUGCUGUUUCAGCUGCCGUUCUUUCCCAUUGCAGCAUAUGCCUUCUUCAAAGGAAGCUGCAGGUGGAUCCGUACCCCCGCCAUCAUCUACUCAGUUCACACUAUGACAACUUUAAUUCCAAUACUUGCCUCCUUUCUAUGUGACGAUUUCUCCAAAACUAGUCGUUUCAAAGGACGAGGACCUCACACUUUCAGUGAACGACUCACCCUCAUAAGCAUCUAUGCUCCCUACUUUCUCAUCCCUCUUACACUGCUGGUCUUCAUGUUGCGGAACCCCUACUACAAUCAUGAGGAUAAAAGAAAGAAAAAAUGAGGAAAUAACUGCUGGCCAAGGAGAGAGGUGCCUUAUAUGGGCAUCUUUCAGACUCAAUACAGAAAAACUAUUUGGAACUCAUGGCUUCAGUGGCAUUUGAAAACACGAGCAACAAUACUUGAGAGCAAGGUGGCACAAGAGUCAUGUCCACUUAGCAAGGGUGGGGGUAUGUGGGCCAUAUUACAGGAAUGUGGUACCUAAGAUCCAGUGCAGGAGGAACAAAGGCAGGACCAGAACACAGACUUGGUAACCUAUAAAACAUGGCCUGCUUGCCACAUUCUCAGUUGUUACAGAGCCAGCAGCCAUGACUAAGCCCUUGACUGCAAUUCUCUAUAGAUAUCACUAGUCAACCAAAUGAAUAAUGGAAUGCUUCAGGCUACUUUAAAAGUAGAAACUAUGGAUCUUUUUUUUUUUCCCCAAGUUUUCAUGAAAAAAUUAGAAACUAUGUAUCUUUAAUGGUCAUUAAAAAUUUCACUUUUUUCUUCUCUACUUCCUAGCCCUGGGGAAAAAGUGAAAUAUGCAAGAGGUUUAAGCCUUAAGGUUGCCCUUGUGUGACUUUCAGUCAGAAAUAGGUUCAUCUGGAAAGUGUUUUUGUUUCUGGCUUAAACUGGUCAUCCCAAGAAUUUUUUUUUUUUUUGUACUUGUAGUAGUCACUUGUAGUCUUAUUUCAAAAUCUUAGCCUUCCCUAUUUUUAGAGACCACCUGAGAUAAUCCUCUUUAAAGUGUGGCAUGUCAAGCUUGACCUGGAAGUAUGCUUCCUAAAGGAUAACUUUGCUCUUGUUAAUACAGUCCUGUCCUUCCUGUCUUGUCAGUCCAGUGCACCCAAUAACAGACCUACCUGCAAAGAUGGAAAACAGCAGGUUCCCAUCAAUUCUGUGUUGCCCUUUGUGCUUAGAACCCACACUGCUCUGACUGUUGGUAUAGUGUCUGUGAUCUGUGUGUGUCUGGUCUAAAUAAAGAUAGCUGCAGCCA